AUCAGCUUAUAUUUCACCUUUACAUUGUCCUAAUUUGCAUAUUUUGUGGUAAUUAAUUAUUAUUAUCCAAAUUAGAAUUUUUGGAGAUAUUUCAAGCUGCUACGCAUUCAGGCGUUUUUAAUUUUCUUAAAUGGACUGAACGUUAAAUUUAUGAAUUAAUAUGAAUAAUUCUUUUGGAUUGUGGAUAUCUUUCUUAGUUUUGAUACAAAUAUCAUGCAUAUAUGGACAACCGCGGAGAGCAGAUGGACUUGGAUUCAUACCAAGGACACCACAAAACGCAAAACGUAAUGAACAGCGUUUAUCUGCCAUUCAAAAAAUCAAAUACAUGAAACAAACAGCUUUAUGGAACAACAACAACAAUAAUAAUAUGAAUAAUGGCCAGACUGGAAUGAAUAUGUUGCAAAACAAUAUGAAAGCCAAUUAUAACAUGAAGAAUGGUCAGACGGGAAUGAAUUCUUAUUACAACAUGCAAAAUGGUCAUUCGGGAAUGAAUUCUAAUUAUAACAACAUGAAUAAUGGACAGACAGGUAUGAAUUCUAAUUACAACGACAUGAAUAAUGGUCAGGCAGGAAUGAAUUCAAAUGGUGGACAAAUGAAUCUAAAUUACUUGAAUCCAGAAUAUGUUGAAUCCAUGAUGGAUAUGCCGGGUGGUUUGCGGAUGCUGAUGAAUGCGAGAAUGGGAAACAAUGGAAACAACGGGGUAACUAUUAUAAACACAGAGAUGGCUGAAAUGGGAAUGAUGCAGAAUGGCAUGAUGGGUAACAAUGGCGGACGUAGAGGCAGAAGAGGACAACAGAAAAUGAGGUUGCCAAUGUGUCAACCUUUAUCAGAAUGUGCUGAAAGAUUUAUACCCCCUCAAUGCCGGGCCUGGAGAUAUGAUACUAUGAACAGCGUGAUGUGCCGCGCAUGCCCAACAAAUAGAUGUGAAGGUGGAGCCAAGGAGUAUUUCCAUACGAUGUACAAAUACCAUCCGUCAAGACUAAUGUUAAAAAUGUUACAGUAAAUCAUAUAUAUAUAUAUAUAUAUACAUAUGUAUGUAUAAGAAUCAGCUGUUAUAUUUUAAACGAACAAAUAACGUAUGAAUCUUUCAAUCAAUCAGUCAGUACUCUGGUCACAACCUUCGAUGAAUUUUGAUUUUCUUUUUUCGUUUUAAUUAGUUUGCUCUAACAUUUCAUGUUAUCGGCAUCUUCAAGAUCUAAUCAUAACGGGUCAAGUACGUCAACUGCUGUACCUCUUUACUUUUCCGCCUAUAUCAGAGUUAAGAUACAUAACCAAUGAGUAUAUUGCAUUUAUAAUCCAUCGAGUACUUUAAACAGUUGUCCUUCGUACUAAUGUCUACAAAAUGAAUUCAUAUACUUGUGAAUGAUUACAUUUCGGAGCAUAUGAAGUGCCAGUGUU